AUGAGGAAACUGAGGAUCCGCAUACAGCUACACCUGCACCUUCCUGUCCACAGUUCAGUCUUCUCCCCAAGGAAUGUAGUGUUCCUGCUGCUUCUCUCUCUCUCUUUGGAGGAGACAUCUUCAUCGCCAAUGAAAAGAGUCAAAGAGAAACCAGGAGUGUGCCCCCAUGAGAGGAUCACCUGUGAAACUAAAGUUCCAGAUUGGUGCCGAACUGAUGGGCACUGCGUGGAACAGAUGAAGUGCUGCUCAUUUGCCUGUGGGAAGAAGUGCAUGGAUCCACUCCAAGAACCCUGCAGUCUACCCUCAGACCAAGGAAACUGUAACAGUAAUAUCAUGCACUGGUAUUUUGACAAUAAACAUCACCUCUGCAAACCCUUUACCUAUGGAGGUUGCUAUGGGAAUGCUAACAACUUCAUCAGCAAGGAACACUGCAUAAUGGCUUGCACAUUAAUUGUCAAGAAAGGACAUUGCCCACUCUUCCCUUUCAAGAACCGUAUGGAGUGUUCAUCUCUGUGUAAGAGUGACAUCGAUUGCCCCCAAAGUGACAAAUGUUGUGAAUCCAUGUGUGGCUUUGUUUGUGCCAUGGCCUGGACAGCCAAAUCAGGUUUCUGCCCACACAAGCCUGUGGUGUGUUCCACAUUUGAUAGACCCAAGUGCCUUCAGGAUAAUGAUUGCCCAGUGUCACAGAAGUGCUGUUCACAUUGUGGAUUGAAGUGCCUGGAACCUCAAAAAUGA